UAGAAUUUUUGUCCCAACAGAACAACCUGCAAAGUCUUUAGCUAUGAUUGGAUUAGGAAACCUUUCAAGUCUGGUCUGAGCUGGUCUGUGAGCUUGUUCGGAGUGCGGUUAAGCUGCUAUAAAAGCUCCUGAAGAAGUUUGAUGUUCUUCAGUAUUGGAGUAUUUUUCAUCGUACGCGAGUCACCCAGCGGCCUGUCCCCACCCAGUUGCUUAUGAAUCUUGUGAAUGCAGCAGUAAUGAUUCGGAACUAUUUUUUCUUUACGUCAAAAAGAGGUUAAGAUUUCGUUUUGUUUGUGCGGUUUGUAGUUUUUAGUGUUUUAAGUUUUGUUAGUUAAGUUAACAUGGCGUGCUGUUUGAGUGAAGAAGCAAAAGAACAAAAACGAAUAAACCAAGAAAUUGAACGCCAAUUACGACGAGAUAAACGAGAUGCCAGAAGAGAACUUAAAUUGUUACUUUUGGGGACUGGAGAGUCAGGCAAAUCAACCUUCAUCAAACAGAUGCGCAUCAUCCAUGGCUCAGGCUACUCCGAUGAUGACAAAAGAGGCUUCAUCAAGUUGGUCUACCAAAAUAUCUUCAUGGCCAUGCAGUCCAUGGUGGAUGCUAUGAAGCUCUUGAAUAUCUCCUAUGGGGACUCACAAAAUCAAGAGUAUGCCACUCUAGUAAAGUCAAAGGUGUACGAGAAUGUGACAACAUUUGAGGAGCCUUACAUAACAGCCAUCAGAAGCUUAUGGCAAGAUCCGGGCAUACAGGACUGCUAUGACCGGCGUAGAGAGUAUCAGCUCACUGACUCUGCUAAGUACUACCUCGAUGAUUUGGAACGAAUUGUUGACCCUGAAUUCUUGCCUACGGAACAGGAUAUUCUGAGAGCUCGAGUACCCACCACAGGCAUCAUUGAGUAUCCCUUUGAUCUGGACUCGAUCAUCUUUAGAAUGGUCGACGUGGGUGGGCAGCGGUCAGAGCGAAGGAAGUGGAUUCAUUGCUUCGAGAACGUCACUUCCAUUAUCUUCUUGGUGGCGCUCUCUGAGUACGAUCAGAUUCUUUUUGAAUCUGAUAAUGAGAACCGCAUGGAGGAGUCGAAGGCGCUAUUCAGGACGAUCAUCACGUAUCCGUGGUUCUUGCACUCGUCCAUCAUCCUCUUCCUGAACAAGAAGGACUUGCUCGAGGAGAAGAUCUUGCACUCUCAUCUAGUGGACUACUUCCCCGAAUAUGACGGUCCAGUAAAGGACGCCAUCGCUGCACGCGAGUUCAUCUUGAGGAUAUUUGUUGACCUCAACCCUGACCCUGACAAAAUAAUCUAUUCGCAUUUCACAUGUGCCACAGACACGGACAAUAUUCGAUUCGUCUUUGCGGCCGUGAAAGACACGAUCCUUCAGUUGAACUUGAAAGAGUACAAUCUUGUGUAAAGAUUGGUUGCACGCCACGACUUCUGCGAUGCAAAUCUUUCUGAACCUGCGGCCUCGCUAAGCCACAAUAAGGGACUUCUAGAGCCACUGCAACAAGCCUCAAUGACCCACUGCAAGAGUUCUCACUGGGUCACUAAUAGAUGCAUCAUUGGACAAUUGCUUAAAAGCCUCGCCGAUAUAUUGCAAGGGGAUUCAUUGGGCUGCUACUGUAUGCCUCCAUGUGGUUACUGAACGUGCCUCACUGGGUUACACGUUGCUGGUCCAUGGUUUAUUGCACUGGUCCACCGCUUUAAAGAGCUGACUUGAGCCACUGCCAAUGGCCUCGCUGGGUCACUGCCAAGGGCUUCUCUAGGGCACAGCUAUUGGUGUGAAUGAGAAUGGGUAACUGCUAUUGGUUUUAAUAUGACCGCAGUUUUUGACUUCAUUAAGCCAUAUAAGAAGUCUUGCUAUGUCAAGCCUAACUGGAGAUAGUCGCGGUAUCGCAUUGCUUCAUAAACCUUCUGUUGCAAUUCUGAUGAAUUGCUGUUUUUGAAGCACUUUUUAAGUGCAUUUCUCAAUAGCCUCUUCAAAGAUCUUAGGUAAGACGCGCGCCAUGCGUCUCCCACUAUAAGUGCUUUGACCACAGUAACCGCAUGACCCAACAGCGGUUAACAACAUAACAGUGUUAAUGCAUUUUUCUUUAUCUAAUGAACCCUGGGAUUAUUCAGGGUUAUUUCUCUAUUAAAUUUGUCAAAUUUUUGCUGCUGCACUAUAGCGUUCAAGGUGUUUCCCCCAUUGGAAUUUCGUUUUAUAUUGUGGAUGCACAUCCUGUUUUGUGAGAACUGCAAGCAGUGAGUGCAGUGUGUUGUAUUCUAUUUUUCCUAGUCUACUGGAGCUAAUGCCGCACACGCACAGUUGUUGUCCUAAUAUUUUUUGUUUCGAAUUAACCUCUACUUCAUCAUUUGUUCCUUGAAUCUUCCAUGUCGCCAAUACUUUGCUACAUUUCGAUGCAUUUUUUUCAGCCUCAUUAUAUUGACACCAUAGCUAGUCAUCACUAUGCAACAAUUUGGUCUGAGAGGUGUUAUUUCUCCACUAAAGACCACCGAUUAGACGAAGUCAUCAAAUCAGUUGUCAGCGAAUUCUACUCGACACUAUUCGCUUGCUCUCACUCCAAUUCAAUUUCAAUUCUACUAUGCUUUUCUGUGUUUGUGGUCAAGAUCGUAACACUGUCACAUGAACCUAUAAACUCAGUCAUUCUAGCUGAGUUGGGAAUAUUCCUUUUAUGUAAAUUUCAGUAUUUUUUUGGACUAUUAACGUGGAGGGAAAAUUUGUGAUGUUGCUAGUUCUGUUGUUUGCUUUAUUGCUUGUACAGCGUGAUGGUACCUAGGUAGCGUGAGCGCGUCCUGUGCGAGUGUAUGUGCUAGCGUGUGCGUGUGGGCUGCUGGAGAUAUCCGUGCAUUCCCUGUGGCAGUGAAAUACUUGGUGUUCUUCAUUGUGCUCAUUUCUUCUCACCAACACAACCACCACUCGUGUGCUGCUAGUCCUGCUACACACUCCCCGUACUGUCUCACUUGCCCUAUCACGAUCAUGAACUAUAAUCUUUUUUUCUCAAUUGUCCCUUGCCACGCUCGUGUACGCCAGUCGGUCUCCGAAGAGUGCAUCGUGUUCUGUGUUCUGAACUCAUAGCUUGAUUUGGGCGGCUCUACUGUCGCGUCCCUUGUGUAGUAAAUAAACUAAACUCUGUGCCAAAUCCACACCAGCUUCAUGAUUUGCUCCUGUUGUGCUGAGAGCCUUGCCAUUGAACCCACGUGACACCUCCGUUUAGCUAUGUGUCGUCCCAGACUCUUCUAUACUAAUUCAUUUUACGAUGUUGGUGGUUGGGUGAUAGUGUGUUACCUCUAAGCAUUUAGUUAUUUUGUUGACUUUGAUCACAAUUUUAUAUAUUAUUGACUAUUUAAUUGUGUUGCUGUCAUUGGAGGAUUUAGGCUUUAUCAGCAAGAUAGCAUUCGACGCCAUUUUUUAAUGCUGUCUCAUUCCGCGUACGAAUAAUGUCUUUACCUUGUCUAUACUUUUUCCUUCGUCUGGCUUCGGUAAAUGUUUUUUCCGGAAAAAGAUGCUUUAUAUAUAUAUAGUGUACAGUAAUAACGUUAAAGGGCUUUUUUUUUGUUGAUUUUCAACUCUGUUCUCAUUACAGAAUUGAUUUUUUGGGCGUAUUAUGCUAUUGGUACGUUUCAGUCUUACUAAAUACGACAUUACUUGGUCAUAUGUAUUCUACUGCCACAGCUCGUGUUAGGCAAUUUACGUGAUGAUCAACUAGCUUUGAGGUGAACUUGUGAAAUGAAGUGACUCGAACAUAGAUUGCAGAAUUAGUGUCUCUCAAGUCUUUCUGAUGGAGCGACGUUUCAGAUUCCUUUGGUGUAACCACCUUACUGAAAUGCAGUGCGUAAUUAUACUGUCAUAUUUAUGGUGCACUGAAUGGGAUGCAUUUUGGGUGAUUUGAACUCUUAUCAAUGAUGAAACAGUAGGUGAAAUGAUGAUAGUUAUCCUUACGAUCUGAAUGAAGCUCCAUAGUGUAAGAAGAGAUGUGAGCGCAUUUGUUUUCUACAUUCAGGUGCAACGUUGCUUGUACUAAUGUUUGCUAGAAUUUCAAAGAAUAGGUUAUUUCUUCAUUAAUAUGCACCAGACCGCGGUCACACAUACUCGUAUUUUGUUUCUUAACUUGAACUAACGUAAUUGGUUCUGUACCGGUUGGUGACGUAACAGACUGUAAUGGAUUGAUGGUAGAAUUUUCCUCUUCAUUUGGACUUGCUCGGCGCCUCUAAUUGACUGCACAGGCGCGGAGUGUUGAGUGAGCGCGCCGGACCUCUAGUGCUCGGCUCAUGACAUCGUUCAGAAGUCCCACUGAGAAUGACGAAAGUCUUGCUGUGUUGGAUUUUCUAAUGUUCGUGUAUUUUAUGUUGUAUGUAGGUGUCCUUAUGUUAUUUAGCAUCUUGGUUUGGCGAGUGGUGACAAUAUGGAGCGCCCUAGUAUGUUUUUUGGCGUGAGAAAUUACUACCGUCGAUUGUCACCCUCGACUGUGGAGUAAGACAAUAGGGGUUUUUCAAGUGAUUGUUUCUUACUUUAUUACUGAUAACGCUGUCUUGUCCUGGUGUGGUAAUCAAGACUCGUUUUCUUCCAUGCGCCUCGUGCACGGCACUUGUCGUGUAUGCCCCAAAUAUAUCGAUAGCCGUGCAGUGCUUACAAGCAGCGCCAACCUCUCGGCUACUACAUUUCUAGAGGCGUCCCUGAUCUCUCAGAGCCUCUGAAAGGCGCGUCACUCAAUCUUUAGCUCCUCGUAGCCUUUUUAAUCACUUGCUCUUGAUAUUAAUCAUCCCCUUCUGUUGUGCAUAACCUCUUCAAAAGCUUUGUUUAGUAGCUGCUGCUGAGCCCUGUUGUGCACCAUUACGUUGCUCCUUGUGUCGCAUCAGUUAGUAACUGCCUUCUAAUGUGCGCGUCAACUUAGGAAAGUUGCUAAGCCAGCACUGGCAGGAGUCUAUGCUACCUGUCUGCCCUCUUAGGAGCAUGUCUCAUCUUAGUGAGAGGGGAGUGUAUGGGCGCUCACCUUCCCCUCUCCCAAGGCCUAUGCAUUUACUUGCAUCGGUACCAUUUUGUAGCUUGUACAGAAAACCUUUAUUGUAUCAUUUUUAUGAUGUUUAUCUUGAGUUAUUUUAUUUUUGGAUUUUUUGCAUUUGUACUCACAAAAGCAAAUUCGAUAGUUUUUUAUUGUACCAAAGUAUAUUGUUUCUUGAUUGGCUCGAUGCGUUGCGUGUGCGACUUGAGCUGUGUGGAAGCGCCGCCGAGGCCCCGCUUCCGUGCCCCUUGCUUGUGCAGCCGACGCUGCAGUCUCCCCCCAGCUAAGCGCUCGGCCGCUCGGGGCUCGCGUGCCAUCCAUCGCUCAUUCCCAUGAGCGUUGCGGCACGAGUGCCUCUACAUCGCACACACAUCUGCAUCAAUUGCCCCCUUCUGAUUUCCCAAUAAAUAUUUAUUGAAACUAA